CAUCCACAAAAAAAGUAGAUUAGACAUUUUAUGUAAAUUACCCAAGUAGCAGUGUAAAGACAGCGCAACAGUUCGUAUAAUGGUAGUGUAAACCCAGGGAAACGUCACACUCGGCCAUCUUAAUUUUGUCCACAGCUUGUUUUGCUGUUCUGCCGGUUUCUGUUCAGUCGUGUACUUUUCAAUUUUAGCACAAUUUUUAUCAAGAUGAUCGAGGUGGUGGCCUCCAUGACUCGGGGGCCUGUGUUUCUGGCUGGAGAGAUGCUGGAGUGCCUCAUCACCUUCACUAAUCCAAUGUCCCAUCUCUCCACUAGUGCAAGCAGUGAGAUGCUUGCAUGGGCCAGUGCCCAGAUCCACUGUCAGUUCCAUGCCAGCGAGAGCCGUGUGGCUUUGCCAACUCAGGGCACCAAGCAAGAUGUGCAGGCAGAGAAUGACACCGUGCUCAUCCCCAGCAGAGGAGAGCGAGGCCAGUGCAUGCUGGACACUCCACCCAAGAUCCUGUUCUGUGACCUGCGACUAGACCCUGGAGAGAGCAAAACCUACACUUACAGUGAGCUCGUCCCCACGGAUGGCCCUCCUAGUUUCCGUGGUCAGGCAGUGAAAUACGUAUACAAGCUGACGAUUGGCUGUCAGAGGGUCAACUCUCCGAUCAAGCUGCUGCGUGUUCCCUUCAGAGUGCUCGUACUGCAUGGCAUGCCCGAGCCCCCUUUCCUACAGGAUGAGGAAGUGUCGCCCACAAACCCCUUCCUGGAAGAGGAGGAGGGAGGAAGAAGAGACACGAGACCACUGGAGCGAGCACUAGACAUGCUGAUGAUCACUACCUCACGCCGCUGUACUCAUCUGUUUAAUAUCACGAACAUGCGAGGGAAGGUGGCCAAAUUCUGUAUCUUUAAGACCGUGUACAGACUAGGAGAGGACAUCAUUGGCACAUUUACCUUUUCAGAGGGAGACAUCCCAUGUCUACAGUACUCAGUGAGCCUGCAGAGUGAGGAGGAAGUUCAUGAGCAGUAUCAGAGGCGACCAGCUCAGGCGGUCAGUGUCACAAGUCAUGGCCGGCAUCUGGAGUCCUGCCUCCACACAGCCUCCAGCCACUUCUCCCUGCCUGUUCCUCUCAACGUUACACCCGGUUUCAGCACUGACAUCGUAACCCUAAGAUGGCGUCUGCACUUUGAAUUCGUCACAGCAAGAGAGCCAGUGGAGCUGCCUACUGUUCUUCAGAACCAGUCAGAAGUUACUGUAUGGACAGGGGCAGAGCAGGUGGACGUGGACACCUUCAGCUGGGACCUGCCAAUUAAAGUGCUUCCCACCAAUCCAGCACUGGCUUCAUAUGUUUCACAGUUCACAGGGACGAAUAGUAUCAAUAUCUGAAAUGGUGUGUGUGUGUGUGUGUGUGUGUUCUGAUUAUCUGGAUUUCUAGAUCAAAAACCAUCAGCAUCAUGUUUCUUGUCUUUUUAUUUGCUUUUAGUGUGUGUGUGGACUUGAUUUUAAUAUUUCAGACAUUAACAAUGGGACCAUUUCUAUAUUUAUUGUAUUCCAGCUUGCUGAACUAAUGUAUAUUAUUUGGCAUGAACUCUCCACUGAGGAAUUGUGGGGGUUUUUUUGUUUGUUUUUUUUCCCUCCCUAAUGUACAAACACUUUCCUGUUCACUGUGUGUUUAUAUGGUAAACUGAAAUAUUCUCUAUUACAUUUAUUAAGUGUUUUGAGCUCUUGGCAAAUAAAGAGUGCAAUCGGAAAUGUA